AUGGUGAUAGAGCAUACCAUAUGCGACCGUGGUUUCCCUGGAUCCGGAAGCCUGGCAUGGGUAAACCUGCGCAAGCUGGAAGAUCCCAGAUUUCGCCGAUCCACUGUAGAUGUGGUGUGGUGGGAUGCUCGACAGCAAAGCAGUUCCAUGUCCAAUGAAAACUCUGAGUUCGACAAAUUCAAGUUUUCCAAGACUUACCCGUGA